AUGAAGGAGUCACUGAUACGGGAUCGCAUCGUUAGUGGGAUAAGGAACGAUGAACUCACACGCCGGUUUCUGCGACAAAGGAACUUGUCACUGGAACAAUGUGUCGACAUCUGCCUCACUGAGGCCAGAACAGAUCAGCAAGUCGAACAUCUGCGCGCCGAAAAGAAUACGGAGUUGUUCGCAGUAUCCCGAACCGAGGGACGUAUCCCGAGAUCACCCGAUGAACAGGUAACUGAUUGCCAGUUUUGCGGCCGCAGGCACCAAAAGAAGAAGGAGAGGUGUCCAGCGUGGGGUCGGACGUGCAUGAAGUGCUCCAAUAAAGGUCACUUUGCUAGUUGCUGUAGAUCAUACAGAGUGAGUUCGGUUGCCGACGAUGCCAGAGAACGGGAACAAGAAUUGUUGAUAAGCAACAUGGAUGGCCGGGCGAAAAGCAAGUGCGUGUUUGCAACACUUUUGGUUCGCGGACAACCGGUACUUUUUCAGCUAGACUCCGGGGCUGCGGUUAACAUCUUGCCUGAAAAAUACUGCAAGGGGGUGCGAUGUGAAGAAACUCAAAAGUGUCUCAAAAUGUGGAACAGGUCAAGGCUACAACCGAAGGGCAUCGUCAUUUUGGAGACGGUCAAUCCAAAGGAAGGAACAGAGCACCCGCUGGAGUUCCUGAUUGUUUCGGAAGACCUUAUGCCCAUUCUGGGCAUUGAUUCUAUCCAGCGUUUUGGUUUUGUUUCUUUUAACCACGAACGUUUUAUUCAUGCGUGUGACAUCGAGGCAGAUAUUUUUGAUAAGUACUCGAGUGUGUUUGAUGGCGGAGUAGGGAUGUUCGAGGGACCCGCUCACUUAUCGUUAAACGAGCUAGCAACACCGGUGGCGUUACCAGCUAGGAAGGUGCCAAUUGCUUUGCGCGAAAAAUUCUUGAGUGAGUUGCAACGUCUCUGUAGUCUGGGAGUGAUAGCUAAAGUUGACGAACCGACUGAUUGGGUCAGCCAGGUGGCGAUUAUUACAAAAAAGUCAGGCGAGCUGCGUAUAUGCAUUGAUCCGAAACCGCUUAAUGCCGCUCUCAAGAGAGAGUAUUUUACGUUACCGACACUAGACGACAUGCUGCCGGUGUUAUGCAAUUCUAAACUGUUCACGAAAGUCGACCUCGCCUCUGCGUUCUGGCACGUAUCACUAGACGAUGAGUCAAGCUACAUGACAACUUUCGGAACACCAUUCGGGCGGUUCCGUUGGCUUCGUUUACCGUUUGGACUGAAAGUGUCUAGCGAAAUCUUCCAGAAGCGACUAAUGCAAGCGUUGGACGAUCUAUAG